GCUGUCGCUUCUCAGGCUAGCUUAGCUUGUUAGCUGCUAACAAAGAGACGCGUAAGUGAUCGAAACAUCGAUUAGCAGGGAUCGAUUGUGAGCGUCAAAUGUGCUUUUUGUGCGGGAGAAGGUUAGCAGAACACGAGGAGGAACUUUGUGGAAGAAAAGAGGAGAAGGAGUGACAACUGGACGCUCUUUUCAACAAACAGACGUUGGUGAAGAACAUCUUCUCACCUGAGCGGCAGGUGUGGAUGUCCGGGAUGGAGCAGGAGGAGCCACAGCCCCCCUACAUUAAAGAGGAGGAGGAGGACUACAGUGUCAGUCAGGAUGGAGAGCGUUUUGAGGGAUUGGAGGAGUUCUCAGUGAUCCGUGUCAUCGUGAAGGGUGAAGAAGAUGAGGUCAAAGGUGAAAGUGAGGAGGAGAAGAGAGGGGCGGAGCCUCCAAGCAGCAGCUCAAGUCAACACAUGACAACAGAAGGUGACGGUGGAGACUUAGCUCCACUCUUAGAUGGUGACGAGACGACGUGUCACUCUGCUGACACCGAUGAUGAAGACGAGAAGAUGUGUCAGAAGGACAACACUCGCUUUAUCUGCUCUCAGUGUGGGAAAACAUUUAGUGAGCGGUGUAACCUGAAAAGACACACGAGAAUACACACCGGAGGGAAACCUUUUACCUGCUCAGUGUGCGGCGCGGGGUUUGCGCGAAAAGACGAUUUGAAAAUACACACGAGAACGCACACCGGAGAGAAACCCUUUUCGUGUUCCAUCUGCGACAAAAGCUUUUGUGUCCAAACCAACCUCGUAAGGCACAUGAGGACUCACACCGGAGAAAAACCCUAUACAUGUUCCGUCUGCAACGCCACUUUUUGCUUCCGGACAAACCUCGUAAGACACACGAGGACGCACACCGGGGAGAGACCGUACGUUUGCUCAAGCUGCAAUAAGAGCUUUUGUGUCCAAUCGCACCUGGUGAGACACACGAGGACACACACUGGUGAGAAAGUGUUCAGCUGUGGUGUGUGUGACCAAAGGUUCUCUUAUAAAUACCAGCUGAACAAACACAAGUGUGUCGCUGACCCCAGCAGGAAUGUGAAAAUGUGCAAAGUAGAAAUGCUGAGAGUGUUGGUGAAGCAGCGACUAACUGCUGCUGUGGAAGAAAUAUUUGUAGUGUUAGAAAGAACGAUAGCAGAAUACGAGGAGGAACUUUCUAGAACAAAAGAGGAGAACGAGCGACAACGUCAACUACUGGACGCUCUUUUCAACAAACAUCAACAAACAGGCGUCAGUGAGGAACAUGGUCCUCCUCCGCAGCAGCAGGAGGAGCCACAGCCCCCCCACAUUAAGGAGGAAGAGGAGGAGCACGGCAUCAGUCGGGACGGAGAGCCCCUGGAAGGACUGGAGGACUUCUCAGUGGUUGGUGUGCCUGUGAAGGGUGAGGAGGACCAUGAUGAAGAUGAGGUCAAAGGUGAAAGUGAGGAGAAGAGAGAGGCGGAGCCUCCGAGCGGCAGCUCAACUCAACACAUGACAACAGAAGCUGACGGAGACCACUCGGCUGCCCUCUCCGAUAGCGGACAAUCUGCCGACACUGACGAGGACGAGUCCAAAGCUGAGCAGAGGAGUCGCGCCAACAACACCCGCUGGAAAUGUUCUCAGUGUGACAAAAGUUUUGUCAAGAAGAGCAACCUGAAAAGACACAUGAGCUGCCACACCAAAGAAAAGCCAUUCAUGUGCUCAAUUUGCGGGAAAAGGUUCUCUCUGAAAUCCAACUUGAAAGCGCAUACGAGGAGACACUCUGGCGAGAAACCAUUUUCCUGUUCCAUCUGCAACAAAUGUUUCAGUGAGAGUUCAAUAUUGUCGCGACACAAGAAAACGCACGCUGGAGAGAAACCUUACGCCUGCUCGUUGUGCGGCGUGCGGUUUACUCAAAAGUCAUCUUUGACCCAACACACUAAAAUUCACACCGGUGAGAAACCAUUCACAUGUCCGGUGUGCGGUCUCGGUUUCGCGCGGAAUUCAGACGUGAAACGACACAUGCGAACGCACACUGGCGAGAAACCGUAUUCUUGUUCAGUCUGCAACAAAUGCUUUUGUGAGAGCUCGGAGUUGGAGCGACACAUGAGAACGCACACCGGGGAGAAACCUUACACCUGCUCGUUCUGCGGGCUCGGAUUUGCGCAAAAGUCCCACAUGACGGAGCACACAAGAAUACACACCGGAGAGAAACCCUACACCUGUUCGUUGUGCGGGAAAGGGUUUGUGCAAAAUCACGGUUUGAAAAUACACCUGAGAACGCACACCAAAGAAAAACCAUUCACCUGCCCAAGCUGCAACAAAAGCUUCUGUGACAAAGCGACUCUUGUACGACACACGAGAACUCACAACGCUGAGUGAUGAAAGAUUUCUCUUCCGAGUACCAGCAGAAUUUUAUUGACCAGAAUCUAAGAGCAUGUGUUGACAUACAAAGUUCAAAGUCACGUCACUAGAUAAUGUCUCUAGUUAUCUAGUCAGAUUAUGAAUUAGGAAAUAUUUCCCAAGCUUUGUGGACAAUGACUUUGUUUUAUUUAUUCUAAGUUGUUGGUGUUAUUGUACUCCAUCAAUCCAUCUUUGCUAUUAUUGUGCUAAUAAAGUGAAACAUUCUUC